GCCCCAGCGGCCAUGUGAUGGGGAUUGCCAGCGCCAGAGAUACCGACGUUACAUGAUGACCUUUGGCGCAGCAGGCAGGGAAGAGAAGCGCAGAGGCAGGCCGGGCGCUGCAAAGUGAUAUCAGCGGAAGCCACUGGAGGGCCGAGAAGAGGCACGCCUUUCUUUGCUUGUUUCCAGUCUCUGCCUCGCAGGGUGUUGCUAUUUCGGGGCGCCAGAACUGUCCCACAUGGCCCGGGGGUGAAUGCACUUCAGCCGGUCAUCUGGACGUCAGCGUCAAUCUCGGUAUCCUGAUUCCUGGCGGGCUCUGAGUUGUCAAGUCAGCCAGUCUCCGAUCCUGAACGAGCCAGUGAGUUGUCAACCUGGAGGCUGGACAGAUGAUCAGGUCCUUGGGACAUCUACACGGUACAUACUCGUAUUGCGCAGCUUAAUGUGUGUGUCUCCACGACGUCUUCAGACAGACUCGAAGGAUUCAACAAUCACAAUCACAUCCAGCCGGCCCCCCACCGGCCCGCUCCGUCACGCUCAGUUCUCCUCCGGGCGGACUCAAAUCCUCCGUUUGUGCGGAAGUUCCUCCGUCUCGAUGAAGCGGAGGCAGCUCCCCUUUCGACUCCCCCAGGGUGGGUUCGAAGUCUCCAUCGUUCGUACUUUGUCGCGUUUCUUCCAUUUCCCCGGGUUUCAGGUUUGUCCUCUGUGCCUGGGGAUAAGCCAAGCUCGUGCCUCGGCUUUGGCUCCGCAAGCGAAUCAUUCACUGUAGAAACUUACGAGAAUAAGAUUUAUUAAGGAGGGGAGAACUCUUCGGAUUCAGAUCCAACAGUUUUAAGGUUUCAACGGGCGUCAUUUGACCCCAGUCUCCGACUUCAUCCUUGAUAUUUCGUACUAUUGAACUCUACGCAAUGUUCCGUGCCGUUCGCAGUUGGGGCCUAUUAUUUGUACCUCGGGUGUGAGUGUCGUAUGACUGACACUUCAUCAUAUCUCAUUAUGAAACAAGUUUCGGGGCUCAAUGCUUCCGGUAGAUCUUCGCAUUG